AUGGACAUCUUCGUCCGCCACAUACCAAGUCAUGCCACCCAAAAGCAGCUCGACCAGUGGUUCAGUGGUCCUCUCAACUUUUGCGGCGUCAACGACUACCAUGUCGAGAAGUUGGGCGAAAAGCCGAAUGCCAUCAUCACUGUCCUCGACACAUUGGCCGGACAGCGCUUUCUCCAGCACUACGGCGUGCCCUCCAAUGCUCGACCACACGUUCGCGCCCUCAUGAACCUCAGCUGGGACGGCAAGAAUGUUCAAUGCAUGCGAGCCAAGAACGACCCGACCGACAUCUGCCUGCAGUCCGUCCUGUUCGAAAAGUCCCAGCGGGCGAAGCGAAUCGUCGACGAGGCUCACAAGGCCCAGUCUACGAAGACUACGACUCGCUUCAACGUGGGCGGCCUGCAGUGCGGCGUGUUCGACUACACAAAAGACAAGGGCAAAGAUUCGCAAUUGACCUUCACAUCCCACUUCACCGACUACCGUCACCACGGUCAUGUCUCUUUUGGCCUCAAAGCGGCUAUCAUCAUGAUGGGCGAGGCUGGUGGCGACCAGUGCCGAGUAGACAUCAACUACCACGACUGCUCCGAUAUCGUCCUUGGCACCUACCAAGAUGCUUCCAUCACCUUCAACAUGCAAGUCGCUCCCAAGUUUUACGAGGUGAAGGGCACAGACAUGCUCUCCGCGGCCAUGGCAGCUCUUCACAUGGGAGUUGGCAAUACGAAGCGUCAAGAGACCAAGAAGACUCGUCUACAUGCCAUCGACCACGCCCAUGCCCAGGUGGCGGCAUCUUGCUUCGUGUACCGAAUCUAUUUGGCAGACAAGAAACUCAUCGAGAACAUCAAGAGUCUGCUGAAGCGUAACCGGAGAAUGUGUCCCAUCAUAAUGCAGAAGACGACAUCCCAAUACCCACAGCAGUCACUCAAGGAAGCUUUUGUCAAGCUCAAUCAUGAGCUGGCUGACACCAAGAGAUUUGGUCGGCGACCGUUUGGUCUACGAUACCAAGUCGACAAGCUUGCAAGGAACGGCAUAUUGGCGCCUGGUAAGGUCUUGCGCCUCCUCCCGAAGAUUGCGCUGCUCCACGACGCUUAUGGUCUCGAUGCCACAUCACAUGCUCUGGGUCGCCUAAAUCGAGAACGUGUAUUGCCAGGUCCAUUGCAGCAAGCGGAUGACUUCUCUCUUGGCAAGCUGGAGGAGCUGCUGGAGUCAUAUGCGGUUUCAUAUGAUACACUUGCUCCUGACAAUCCUUACGAGCUCUCGAAGCGACAUACGCACAUCAACCUCGUCCACAAGAUCAUCGUCACCCCUGCUGGAACCUAUCUCGAGGGACCCGACGCCGAGCCUACUAAUCGUGUUUUGAGACGAUACCAACACUCGACCGACCAUUUCGUACGAGUCAUCUUCCAAGAUGAGGACCGAAGUCCUAUGCGACACGAUCCGAGGACAGAUCAAUCACGGAUCUACCACAUGCGCUUCAAAGGUGUACUCGACGGAAGCGUUCUGAUUUGUGGCCGUGCCUUCUCCUUUCUGGGCUUCUCUCACUCUUCACUCCGAAGUCAGUCCUGCUGGUUCUCGGCCCCAAUGGUCAACAAGCAAGGCAGUCUGAUCUUCGCCGAGCAAGUCAUUAAAGAGCUUGGCGACUUCAGCAAGAUUCGAGUGCCGGCGAAGUGUGCUGCUCGCAUCGGUCAGAAUUUUACAGACACCAAUGCCUCGGUCAAGUUGCGCCCCGAGGAAGUGUUCGAGUUGCCUAACGUCGAGCGAAAUGGCAGAGACUUCAGCGACGGUGUCGGCACAAUCUCAGAGAAGCUGCUGCAGAGCGUUCAUCGCAGAUAUGGUUCCAAGAGGCUACUGAAGCCGACGGCGUUACAGAUCCGCUUCCAAGGUUCAAAGGGCAUGGUGGCACUCGACUCUCGUCUGCCAGGCAAGAAGCUCAUGAUCAGGCCCAACAUGAAGAAGUACGAGACUGCCGCAACAUGGGAUCUGGAGAUCUGUGGCGCUGCCUUUCGUCCUCUGCCGAUGGUCCUGAACCGCCCUUUCAUAAAGGUAAUGGAAGACCUUGGAACUCCCACCAGUACAUUCAUGGAUCUUCAGAAUGCUGCCAUGACCCAUCUGCAGCGGAUGACCGCGUCUUGUAUCAACACAGCUAUCUUUUUAGACGACUCGGAAGCAUGUAGAGCAACGAGGAUGUCGGAACUUAUACGCUAUCUCGGCCACAUUGGACUGGACUACCAUCACGAUCACUUCCUGUACAGUGUGGUCGAGAUGGCCGUGGUUGCAAAGCUUCGCGACAUCAAGUACAAGGGUCGCAUUCCUGUCGAGCAGGGUGUUACACUCUAUGGCAUCAUGGACGAAACUGGCUAUCUGGGUCCAAGAGAAAUCUAUGUGGUCACUGAGAAAGCCGAAGGUGGGAAGACAGUGGUCGUGGCCAACGAUGUCAUCGUCACACGCUCACCAGCUUUACAUCCUGGAGACAUGCAGCUCGUCAACGCUGUCAACGUACCCGAGACCUCGCCUUUGAAGCGGUUGUCGAACGUGGUUGUCUUCAGCAAGCAUGGCGACCGAGAUCUGCCCAGUCAGCUUGGCGGUGGUGACCUUGACGGAGAUCUCUACAAUGUCAUCUGGGAUCCCAACCUCAGACCUCGGCGCACCUUUCAGGCAGCAGACUACCCACGUGUCAGUGCUGUUCAGCUUGAUCGCGACGUUGUGCGCAAAGACAUGAGCGACUUCUUCGUCGCCUUCAUGGAGUCUGAUGUUCUCGGCAUGAUCUGCACUACUCACCUGCAGCUGGCAGACCAGCGCUCGGCCGGUGUGCUGGACCCAGACUGCAUCAAGCUUGCUGGGAUGGCGUCUACUGCCGUCGACUUCUCCAAGACUGGCAUCCCCGUAAGCAUCAAGGAGAUCCCUAGGUACACACGCGUGAAGCCGGACUUCAUGGCUCCAAGUCCGAGAGUAGUGGUCUCCGAGAAUGGGUUCCUUGACUUUGAAGAGGAUGAUGACGAGGAAGACGAUGCUUUUGAAGGCCUCGACACAGAGCGUCGCCGAACGCGCUUCUACCGUAGCGACAAAGCUCUUGGCCAUCUGUACCGCGCUAUCGACGAGGGCAAGUUUCUGCACAACAUGCAAAAUCAGCACCGCCAGAUCAACUCCAGGCCACUCAAAGACGACUUGAUGAGCGUCCUGUUGGCAUAUGUGAAGAAGUGGGCUGCACAGUACGGUGUCCUCUACGACCAUCACCUCACCCUAGCAGCCAACAUCCGUGCAAGCUACGAAGACUCCCUCCUGAACCUCCUCUACGACUACGAGCCCUCUCCCCAUGCCCCUCUAUCCGAAGCCGAGAUCUUCUCCGGCCAAAUUCUCGGCCGCCAAGGCGGACCUCAAGGCAAACCCCUUCGUGAACAGUCCACCCAAAUGCGCGAACGCUUCGAAACCGUCGCCGAGUACGCCGCUAUGCGCAUCACCAAAGGCGACGAAGCCAUGAAAGAAGCCAGCAACCUUGAUGAUCUGAUCGAUCUGCACUACAAUGAGCGAGAGAUCGAGGCCUUUCCACGAGCCUUGGCAUGUUUCGAGGUGGGAGUGAAGGAGACCGGGGUGAGGGACAAGAGAGUCGGUGUAUUGGGGAGCUUCAAGUACCUGGCGGCGGGUGUGUGCUUGAGGGAGUUGGACCGGUAUCGCAUUACGACUUUUGGGAGUAUGGGUGGCUUGCCGCCGAUUUGA